UUUAUCGUCAAGGUGCCUCCACCAAGAACUUCUUUCGAAGGCAAAACCAUCAUAAUUACCGGUAGAAAUACAGGUCUAGGCUUUGAAGCAGCGAAGUUCUACCUCAAACUCAAAGCAUCCAGAGUCAUUCUUGCUUGUCGCUCUCUCGAGAAAGUAGAUCAAGCCAAGCUCGAGCUGGAACAGACUUUCGCUAUAAGUAAAGAUAUUGUAGAAACAUGGCAGGUCGAUUUAUCUUCUUAUACAUCUGCAAAAUCUCUGCCUCGUUUGGAUGUCAUGCUCCUAAAUGCGGGGAUUAUGACCAAGGAAUAUCGUGUAGCGAAGGACAACGAGUCAACUAUCACAGUGAAUGUCAUUUUAACUUUCUUGAUGGCAUUUUAA